CAUUCAAGUUUUUCGCGGAUUUACUUUCAAUUGUUCCCGUAAUUUCUAUUAUCCUCGACCUCGGAAUAUAAACUUAUUUACAGUUGCUAACUUCUAGUACAUAUUUACAGAAUCGUAAUCUCUUAUAUUUAAAACACAAAUUCAAAGAAAUUAUAGGCGCCAGCGACUACAUAAUUUCCGACUCUCUUCUACAGGAUUACUUCUAUAUCUUCAGUGAUUUAAAACGACGACCAAACUUUUGAAAUGACUGACAAAUUCUUGUACUUUGCUUUUGCAAGCAACCUUCUGAAAGAACGCCUUGGCAUCAACAAUAAAACAGCUGUCUUUAAAGCAGUUGCUAAAUUGGAGAAUUACCAAUUAAAAUUUGCAUAUCAGUCUUCUCGUUGGUGUGGUCAUGUAGCCACAAUUGUUGAAUCAAAAGGUGAUGUUGUAUGGGGAGUUGUUUAUGAAAUGAGCAUUUCAGAAAGGGACUCAUUAGACAAACAAGAAGGAGUUGACAGAAAUAUCUACCAUGCUACUGACAUGAAAGUUAAAGAUCCCAACGAUGUGAUAUAUGAAUGCCGUACAUACCUACUGUUGAAAAAAGACUUUGGAAAACCAUCUCCCCAGUAUAAGGAUAUUAUAGUGCGAGGAGCCUUGGCAAACGGUUUACCAAGUGACUAUGUUGAAUUUUUAAAAUCAAUACCUGACAAUGGAUACAAAAACAAAGUACCUCUUUACAACAAAAUUCUUACUUCAUUAGAAGAUUCAAAAUAAUUCAAUGAACUUAUAUCUCCUUAAAUCCUUAAAAAUGUUUUAGCCCGAAGGCUGCGGCCAUGCUGGGGCACCACCGCUAUUUAUAUAUU